AUGAGGAUUGAAAGUAUUACCAAAAUUUUUGACUGCAAAGAAGAUAAUGCAGUAUCUACAGCUUCAAAUCUGCUUUUGAAUGAGGAAGUUAUCGCUGUACCCACAGAUACAAUUUAUGGUUUAGCCUGCAGUGCUAACUGUCCAGAAGCCAUUAAAAAGUUGUACUCAAUUAAAGGAAGAGAUGCAGCUAAGCCGGUGGCUAUUUGUGUUAGCAACAUUUCAGAUGUACGGAAAUGGGGGAAAGCUGAACACCUGCAAGAUGAUCUUCUGCAUAGUUUACUGCCAGGGCCUGUGACAUUAGUUCUAGAGAAGACAAAAUAUUUGGAUAACCCUUAUCUUAAUCCACAGACACGGAAAAUUGGCAUUAGGAUACCUAAGCAUGAAUUCAUGAACCAACUUACUCAGAUGUUAGAUAAACCUGUCGCCUUGACCAGUGCCAACUUUAGCAAUGAACCAUCAUCAUUAAGAAUAGAAGAGUUUGAGAAACUUUAUAGUCGAUUAGGUGCUGUUUUUAAUGGUGGAGUGCUUAGUAAUGGCUUAGAAGUGAAUAGGUCUGGUUCAACCGUUAUUGACUUGUCUCAAUCUGGUGUUUUUAAAAUUAUAAGACCAGGCAUUUCAUAUGAGAAAAUUGUUGAAAUUCUUAAAAAGAACGGUUUAAGUAAAAUAUAAGUUAUUUAUAAAUAAACAAGA